AUGUCGUUCCCAGCUAUAUUCCGUUGGCUUGUAUCUGCCAUAACAUCGCCGCAUUCCAAACUUCGCAGUCUACCUGCCUUUCGUCGUCAUGGACAUCCAAACAAUUCCAGAGAUCUAGAAUACCGUCAUCAGCAGGAGUAUAUCAUAAACCUCCUCAAAGGAAGCUCCUAUACAAUUCCCCGUUUAGAGGAAUGUCUUAGAGGAUGGUAUAUGGGCGUCAAUCCUGCUUAUGACAAGAUAAAAGCAACAGAAGGGGAGUUUUUAGCACGAUGGAUCGAGAGAGACAACUUGCGAGAGAUGGCAAUAAAGGUUGACCUGACUCUAUGCAUUGCAUGCUUUUUCCCUCGAACAACAGAAGGAAAGUUGCAGGUGCUCUUUGAGAAAAUGGCCUGGUUCUUUGCAUUUGACGACGGUAAGGAUAAUGGACACGUAGACAGUUUCCUCACAUCCGAAGAGUUUGUGAAACAGGACCCAGUUGCUUUCGUAAAGUACUGGCUUGACCCCAACCGCAGCGGCCCGGAACCAUAUGUGCUUCCAAGCUGUAUCAUCUACCGCACAGUUGGUCCCAAGCUUGCUGUAGGCUGGUCAGAAGAAUCCAAGUCUCAGUUUCUCAAAACCACGGUUGAAUACAUUGAGUGCCUGAUGGAGGUGAGCAAGCAGCGAGAGAAGUAUCUUCCAUCGUUGGAAGAAUAUAUUGAGGGGAGAAUAAUCAAUAUCGGUGUCUACCCAACCCUCGACUUGAUACCAUACGCCAGCGACAUUGAGGUGUCGGAUGAGGUCUUGAGGCAUGAGUCGGUGCAGACAAUACGAUAUCACGUCGUCCGAAUUAUCAGUUUAAUGAAUGAUAUAUUCUCAGUCAAGAAAGAGAUUAAGGACUGCCAGUUUGACAAUAUAAUCCCACUUCUUUUGGUCCACAAGCGCAUGAACGUCCAAGCUGCAGUCGAUUACACCGUUGGUCUGAUAGAGGAAUCAUAUCGGAUCGUUAGCGAGGCUGAGACCCGCCUCCCGAAGCUCGGAGGUAAAGCAAAGGCAGACUUGGAUACCUACAUCGAGCAGUGCAAAGACCAAGCGGCCGGAAGCAUAUAUUUCCAUCAAUACUCACCCAGAUACCUUUCAAAAUCCGCUUUUCAGGGAGACAAGAUAGUCGUUCAGUUAUAA